GCACUUGUUCGCCACUCAGGCGCAUCAUAGAUAGUAUGCAAGGAUCGAUAUCCACACACACACAUACUUAUAUACGCACACACGCAAGGCCGACAAAAUUACCGACCGACGCCGACCCCUGGCUCGGCUCAACAAACACACCGCAUUCGUCAGUCAGUCAACUCGCUCAUUCGCGUCUUGUCGUUGCCCAUUUCGCCCCGCCAUCAAUCAGGUCAGGCACCAGCGCCACACCAAUGGCGGCCAGAAAGGUGACAGCGCCGACCAGCCCGCCCCGUCCAAAGCUCUCAGACAGGAUGAUCGACGCCCAUGCCGCCGCAUAGAGGGGCGACGUGGCAUAGAACACACCUGCACGCACACCAACACACAGACAGGGCAUGCCCAUGUGUGUGUUUGGUCUGUCUGUCUGUCUGUCUGUCUCACUUACUGGCCAUCGACGCGCCGACUUUGGGGUGUGCCCAGUUUUGCAUCUGCAUGGUGACGGCCAUCUGAACGCCCUGGAAGCCCAUCAGCAGGGCCAGCACCACCCACUCGCGUGACGCCAGGAGGGCCGGCAGCACCCCGCCCCAUCCCUGUGCAUUGGACGGCCGCAGAUCGCCGGCCACGAGGGCCAACAGGACGGCACCAAGCACCUGAACAGACAGAGAGAAGUGUUCCACGCAUUGCAAGGGGGAUCGGUGUUUUGUGUAACGUACGCCUGUGGCUUGUUUGGCAAUGGCGAGGGGCACAGAGGACUUAGGGGGGAGGGAGCCGCCCAUCUGUGCCGACGUAGGCACAGCCAGCCAUUUAGUCGCGUCAAGGCUUGCACGCCAUUGCCCCUCUCUCCUUCCCACCCACCCUCCUAGCUCACUCACCUGUGCCAGCCGAACAUCAUGCGUGGCGAAGCAGAAGGCGGCCAACGCGCACAGCGCCUCACCCUGACAGACACCACACACAGCAUGGGGAUGGUCAUCUACCCUGACACCCACACACGCUUACAUGCACAAAAGGGUACAUGAUCCGUUCCCGCAGUGAGCCGGUGAGAUGCGGCCUUGUGAGCUCUGCAGCAGCGGCCGCACCGGGACUGUCAGCGGCCAUCAUGGCCACACCUGCAGACACAUCCACAGACACCACACACACCACAGACAGGCAAGUGCGUGCCUCUUGUUUGUGUGUGUGUGUGUCCAGCAUCGCUUUGUGCACGGCACUGACCUCCCACCGACAUGACUGACGCCACCCAUAUCCGGGGAGGAAUGAACCUGCCAAACACAAAACCCUUAGGGCACAGCAGACAGACAGACAGGCAAGACAGAUACAAACGCGGCUGCAGAGUGAGAGUGUGUGUGUCCCCCCAUCCGCCGACUCGCCUACCUCAAGUAUAGGAGUGAUGACGGUGCAUAGCUGGCCGAGGAAUGCCGAUGUGCCGGCCGAAACGCCGCGGCUCAUGCCUGCGAGGGAGAGGCUAAAGCCGAUCAGCAUGUACAUGCCCAGCUCAACACCUGAAUGAUGAACAUCAGGCAGGGCAACCACACACACACACACACACACACGUACACACUCAUCAAGGGCUCAUACUCUCAUUCCCAUGCUGACCCACUCGAGCAACCCUCCUCUGAUCACGCGUGACUUGACCGCUGCCCACUUCACGACCCAUAAAUGACACCAGCAGCUUGUUGACCAGCAAACAGAUGAGCGUCGCACUCUGCAGGCUCGCGUUAACGAAGCUGGAUGGCAGAAAAGUGCUGAGCUUGACGUUGAGGUACUUGCACAUGGGCGCCGUUGUGCCCCACACGAUGGGCAGACUCCCAAGCACCACGUAAGGCAGCCACCUGCUGCCGUAAUCAGCGAGAGGCCGCACCUGCAUCUCCUCUUUGCUGGUCUUGGUCUGCCCGUGGCUGCCGUUAAUCGGGACGUCUGGUGGCUGGGCAAAGAGCCGCGAGAGAGGCCGUUUCCUGUGUGCUGGUGCUGUUGUCAUUCCCCUCCUCAUGAGUGGCCUGAUGGAUGAAAGGCGUGAGGGAGAUGCGAUGAAUGAAUCAAUCGGAUGGGAAGAUCCGUAUGCCGAUGGGCUGAUGACGACG